AUGACCAUCGUUCUUGAACCCAGGGGAGCUGUCCUAAGGAGGGAGCUGAGUGAUGGAGCCAUAGCGGGAACCGUCGUUGGCGCAGUCUUUGCUGCAGCCCUUCUAACGUUUUGUCUUUACCCUGUGAUAAUACAUGAAAUCAAACGACGAAGGCGAAGUGCAUAUCCUUCUUUCGAUGCCGAAGCUGGCGUCUAUGCACAGCCUUGUGGCACGUCUGUUAUCGAUCCGAACUCUCAUCGUCGCCUGUCGUCGGCGGACUCUUUCAAGCAAGAUGGGCAAUUAUCUCGCGGAGGCUUGGGGGAUGUUCAAGCCAAACAACUCAGUUGGCCACCUCGUGAUGGCCAUGUGAUGCAGCCUGACGCAAUUGAUGGGUCGUCAAGACAGUUAUCUGCACAGAUAGAGGAGGUACCCAGACAAGACGCAAAUGCCUUCUCCAGUGUACCCAUCUCCUACGACAGUACCCAGACGGAGUUGACACCAUUUCCAUAUUAUAUGCCGGAUUCAAUGCCUGAUGAGAAUCCCGGCGUUCUCAAGGGAACGAGUGCCGAUUAUUACAGUACCUCUAUACCGUCAGAAGCGUUUGGCAUGGUGACGACGCCAGAGACUGUCCAGUCUCAACGGACCUUAGCACAGGGAAGCUCUUUUAAAUACAGUCUCAAGCACAUGUUUCGCCGCCAAAGCGGUCACGAUCACUCUCUUGCACCCGAGUUGUUGAGGGAGGACAGGACUGCCUUACCACGAGCUGCUUCUGGAACUGAGCUUGGUCGAAUCAUUAGUACAGGACACGCGGUGGACUCUCCUACCGAUUUCUCACCAAAGACGACCUCAGUAUCAGCACCAUCCCAGGCAAAUUAUUUGCCAACGUCAGGCGUGGCGAGAAGUAUAUCUGCCUCUGACCGUGAACGAGCCGUGACAACUUUGCCACAGUCACCCCCCCGAACUGGAAGACCAUUCAAAGCGUCUCCCUCACCACCAUCAAAUCCAGCCCCUGGAACUGUGAAUCCGAUGGACAUCAUGCCUGCCUCCACUGAGUCGGAGAUGUGGUUUAGAACCGAACACCAACUAUUAUCGACCUCUUACAGGUCGUCAUCAAGUGAGCCAGCGGAACAGGGAGGAUCGGUAACUUUUACCCCGUCUCCAACCGUUAGUGAGCUGCCUCCUGCUGAAGUGGUUCAGACUGCUUUAUCACCAACGCCGACGAAUCGGGAAACACUUCGGGGACUGCAGGAGCGGGGAGAAGAAGCUGUGCCAAUCGCUGAAUCACAUAGCCACCAUCACCUAAGUCCCCCAACAAUUCUGGACAAGAGUCAACGUCCUAAUUAUCCUUCGGACCAUUCGACUCCGAUCCCAGGGCCCCAUUCAACGGGAGCGUCGACAGACAAUACGCCAUCAACUCAAUUUGAUAGCCCUUCUCCUGUUUCGAUGAACAGCUCCGAUUUUCGAUAUAGCACCUCACCACAGCCGCGCCUUGGAUCUCCCAAAAACGGGCUACUUCGAUGUGACGAGCCUGGCUGCAGUCAAAUUUUCGACCAACCGCACAAACUCAACCACCACCAACGUUAUCAUAGCAAAGAUCACAAAUGUCCCUAUUCGAAUUGUGAUAAGGGAUUUGGAACGAAGACUCACUUACAACGGCACAUAAAUGAUCGUCACGAAAAGAAGAAAAAAUUCCACUGUGCCGUUGCCGGUUGCGAUUACUCAAAGUCUGGAGGGAAAGCGUUUCCUCGAAAAGACAAUUGGAAGCGUCAUAUGACGAAGAUCCACAACAUGGACCAUCAAAACCUCCCAGAGCCUAUAGAAGUGGACCAUGAAAUGGGUGGCAUUUGA